AGCUCUGCGAACAGCGGCCUCGGGGUUGCCACUGGUCCGCCCUGCCGCGAUGGCGUGGGACACGACGUUCAACCUGCUGUGGACGUCCAGGGUAGACUCGGAGGAGAAGUCCUUCCUCGAGGCGAACCGCCACCACCCGGCCCUGACCGCCCAGCAGGCGGCGGCCCCGGCGAGCCGGGGCGCCGGCGGCGGCUCCACGCUGUCGCAGGCGGGGGCCCGCGCCGUGGUGCGGUCCCCGAAGGCGGGCAGCUCGCGCGGCUCCACGGCGCUGUCGACGUCCGCACAUCGGAGGGCGCGCUGGCGGCCCUCCCAGCGCACCUGGCCCCCCUGGCCCGGUUCCCGGUGGCGGACAAGGACCUCAUGAGCGCGCGGGUGGUCAAGACCUCCGACGGCAAGACGCCCACGAUCCGCUUCAAGAAGGAGAUCGUCCAGGUGACGUGGGGCAGCGGCCACAUCGUCACCUACAAGCCCGAGUUCAUCUUGGAGGACCCCCCGACUGGCAGCCGGAUGACAUCCUCAAGCAGCGGCCCCGCGGGCGGGCGCGCAGGUCGGCGUCCUCUGGCGCGUCUGCGGCGUCCGGCAGCUGCCGCGGGCGGCCCUGAGGGUGAGAGGCCCGCCAGGCGAGAGCGCUGCCCGGCCGGGAGGUGCCGGAGGGCCUCCCAGAGGGAGCAAGUCCAGCAGGCCCGGGCCGCUCGCGUGGCUCGAGGGCCUCUCACCGCGGUGGUUGCGACGGCUGCCGCACUGCGUUACGCAUGCGGCGAGCCGCGCAGUGCCGCCGCGCGUCGCCGGCGGCAGUGCUUCCCCCGAGCACCGGGCGUCGCGUCCUGCCGCCGAGGGGCCUUGCGGAAACGUGAUGUCGUGGGGCUGGGACCAUCCUGUGGCUGGGCAGUGCCACCCUUCGCGUGUGCCUGCCUCGUGGCUUGUGGGAGGCACUGCGUGGAGUUUCAUCAGAGCUUGCAUUUUUAUCGCGCCCCCCCACCCACAAAAGCUGGGAACGAGGUGCUGAGCAGGCUGAGCAGGGGUUUGCCGCCUGAGUCAGGCGGAGUUUCCCCUGACCGUUGAGUGUGUUAACGUGCCCCGCCUUGCAGCAGGUCGCCACGUCAUUCAGGUAAAAG